CUCCACUUCAACACAAAUUGAAAUAGCAAGUCCCCAACGACUACUUCUCAGUGAACCCAUUUGAAUUUCAGCUCCAACCAACGCAAAGCAACCAAAUUCAACAACCGUACUGCUGUUUUUCACUCCCUUAAAUUUCCUCUCUCUCUCUCUCUCUCUCUCUCCAUGGAAGUCCAAUUCGAGCUAUGGAAAACUCUCUAUUUAUCAUCGAAUUCGGAAAAAUGAGACUUUCACCCCUAAUUGCAAUUCCAAAAAUUCCCAUCUCAUUCACUGGGUCAUAUUCCCGCAUUCGUUUAUCUGUUACAGUCAAUACAAUCUCCUUUUCAUCGAAUUCAGCCCCCAAAACCUCUUUUCUCUAUAAAUACGGCAUAGAAAGUUAUGGACGAUGGUUAGAAACUUGUGUUCUUCAAGAGAACUUGAUCUUGGGAAAGCUGAUCCAUGCAAAGAUUGUAACCAAUGGGUUGGAGAAGGAUUCUUUCCUUGCGACGAAGCUCAUUGGCUUCUACUCUGGGUGCAGAAAUCUCCCGAUUGCAGAGACGAUUUUCAAUCGAGUAGCAUGUUGUAAUGUUUUCCUAAUGAAUGCCAUGAUCAGAGGAUACUCCGUAAAUGGGUUAUAUCAGCAAGCUUUGGAUUUCUUUUAUCAGAAGAAGGAAGAAGGAUUAGAACCCGAUGCUUAUACAUUUUCUUUUCUUUCGAAGGCGUGUGGUUCGCUGUCAGACAUUCAAAAAGGGAGAGAGAUUAGAAAUUUAGUCUUGGAAAGUGGGUUAGAAUCCGAUGUGUUCGUAUCAAAUUCUCUCAUCGCUAUGUAUGCGAAAUGCGGGAGUCUGUCGGAUGGGAUUCACGUGUUUGAGAGAAUGCCUCGACGGGAUAUUGUGUCAUGGAAUUCAAUCAUUUCAGCUUAUGUACAAAAUGGUUUUGGUCAGGAAGCCAUGGUUAAAGUGCGGGAGCUGGUUGAGAGCGGGUUGAGACCGGAUAAUGUGACGAUCGUGAGCACCUUGAUGAUAUGUUCCUCAGAUGCAACUUGCAGAGAAUUACAUGGCUACGUUAUAAGAAACGGAUUUGAAUCUACUUCGGUGGUCUGUAAUUCCCUCAUUUCUGUGUAUGGAAAGUGCGGUAGAAUCAAAGAAGCUCAAUGCCUUUUUGGUAAUUCAAUUCGGCCUGAUAAAGUCGCAUGGAAUGCUAUGAUCUCUAGCUAUGCUCAAAAUGGUUAUUUCAGAGAAAGCAUACAGCUUCUUCGAGAGAUGAAGCUUGCUGGAUUUGAUUUGGAUGUAAUAACUUACAGUGGGAUAAUUUCUUCCCUUUCCCAGAAUGGUCAGUUGGAUGAAGCAAUGAGAAUUUUUGAAGAAAUGCUGAGUUUGGAAUUGAAACCGGAUGUUAUAGCGAUUGCAAGUAUUCUCCCUGCAGUUUCAGAUCUACAGUACUUCGAUUACGGUAAAGAAAUACAUGGUUACUCUUAUAGGAAUGGAUUAGAAUCAGAUAGGAGAGUUAGGAAUGCUCUUAUAUCCGUCUACAGCAAAUGCGGUUCAAUACAAAAUGCCAGACAUGUCUUUUCGGAAAUCAACAACAGAGACGUGAUCUCUUGGAGUUCAAUGGUAGUGGGGUAUGUCCAGAAUGGUUGCUUCAAUGAAGCCCUUGACACAUUCCGAGAGAUGAUUAGAACCGAAACAGAACCAAACCCAAUUACUAUCACAAGCAUUCUUUCUGCUUGUGCAGGUAUCUCCAGCCUACGGCAGGGAAAAGAAAUCCAUCUGUGGGCGUUGAAGAAUGCAUAUGAGGGUCAGACCUUUGUGGGCAGCGCUCUGAUAGACAUGUAUGCAAAAUGUGGAAGGAUUGGAGACUCACGAGGAGUGUUCGAUCUGAUGACGGAUAAGAACUUGGUUACUUGGAACUCGAUGAUCAGAGGGUAUGCCAUUCAUGGGCUGGCUAAAAAUGCUCUUGAGAUCUUCCGGAGGUUGGAAGAACCUGAUCAGAUCAGUUUCAUUGCAGCUUUAUCAGCUUGUAGCCAUGGAGGGCUGGUUGAUGAAGGGAUCGAGAUUUUUCACACUAUGGAUGGUUUUGGAGUGAGUCCUGGUGAAGGUCAUUACGCAUGUAUGGUGGACAUAUUGGGGCGGGCGGGAAGGCUAGAUCAGACAUUGGAUUUGAUCAGGUCAAUGCCAAAGGAAGCUAGUGCUGACAUUUGGGGGGCGUUGCUCGGGGCGUGUAAGACACACUCCAAUUUGGAUAUUGGGACUUAUGCGGGGGAGCGGAUAAUCGAAUUGGGAUGCGGGAAUCCAGGAUACUACGUGUUGUUAUCGAACAUAUUGGCAGAUUUUGGGAGGUGGGAAGAUGUGGAGGUGAUGAGGAAGCUGAUGAAGGAGAGGGGAGUGAAGAAAGAGAUUGGUUGCAGCUGGAUAGAGGUGGAUAGAAGAGUGCAGUGCUUUGUUGCAAGGGAGAGAACACAGCAUCCAGAAUGGGGGAUUUUAUUCUUGGUGCUAAGGGGCUUGAAUGAGCUGAUGAGGGGAAUGGGAUGAUUGUAGGGAUCAUCUCUUAGCUGAUUUUGAUCAUUAUAGUCACAGCUUCAUGUGUUUUUAUAGCAAGUGGGAAUCAUGGUAGACUCUAAAUUCUAAUCUCUGACUCAGGUGGGCUACACCACAGGGAAGCGUUGGGAAGGGAUGCCCACCCUUGAUUAUGCUGGGGACCACCCGAGUGUUGGAAAGGCCUGAGUUUUGGCCUGUGCCUUCAUCAUCUUAGCAUGCAUCAGGUGAUUUGAGUGGAUUGCUUGUACACAGCACUAUGGCCCACAGCGCCCUGCCCCCCCUACUCAUCUGGUCCCUGUGGUAUGGCUCACCUGAGUCAUGGAUUGACCUGAUUUUUGGGCUCAAGGCCCAACAUGGAGGGUGCAUCUGAUGGAUGGAUUGGCUAUCGUGCUGCAUGUGUCACUGUGGGUUAUUGGGUAGGGAUUGAGAUGCAAUUGUCUCUAAUAAACCAUGUACAAACUUCAGCUCCUGGGAGCUCUGCAUCCACAAUCUGUUGGAGACAGGCAGAGGCAGAGGCAGAGGCAGAGUAAAUUACAAAAGAAACUUGACAAGAUUGGAAUUUGCUGAAGAAAUAGUAAAGCAGAGUUAUCAUAACCAAUGUUUCGUAUGGUCCGAAACUGGUAUGCAUUGCGUAUCAAUAUCAUCAUCCAUGAAUGAUAUGGCCACGCCGGGCUGAAACAGCCCGAGACAGCGUUACUGGGUGAUGCAGGGCUGUAUCUGUGGUGAACGAAACGGUGCCCGUUACACUGAUUUUAAGCCUUGAUCAUGACAAAAAGGUUUCCAAAGCGACCUGAUACAUCCUAAUACCAGCCAACAACCUGCUUAGGUUCAAAGGAAUCACCAUCUCUAAAAUUCGCAAGAAUCAUCAAUGAAAUAGCUCUGUGCCAAUGUUCCAUGCAUGGAAGGUCCUCAGCAACUUGCAAAAGAGACCACCCUUGACUAAGAAAACACUCUCACCUAACAGAUCUCGCAAGCAUUGGGAAGGCUGAGACCACUCCUGUUGAAGCUGGCAAGCAUGUUAAGGGCGACGGCUUGAUCCUCAACACCAAUUUCAAGUUCACAUGCUAAAAAACUCAUGGAUAAUAUUGCUGAAGCUGCAACCCUUCGAAGGGUAAUCCGUGCCAUGUAGAGUGAAGCUUGAAAGCUUGAACUUGUAAAUUAUCUGUGAAGCUACAACCCUUCAGAGGGUUAUCCUUGCAAUGUAGAGAGGAACUUCAAAGCUUGACCUUAUAUUUUAUCUGAGUUAUCUUUCGAAAAACUGAAGUCAUUUCUCAGUGUAA